AUCCUAGUACUACUACUACUGUCUGCACAGCUUAUUACCUAGUACUCCACCAUACCUAGUACUCCAACACUGUUGUACACUUGUACUACUACCAGCAGCAGCAGCAGAGCAACAAUGGCUGGCAGUGGCACGCCGGAGGAGUUCCUGGGGCAGCAGCAGGGCUUCCUCGCGCGGCUGGAGCCGCCGUCGCCGUCCCUCUUCCUCGACCUGCCGCCGACGCCCCGGUCCGAGGAGGACGGCGACUCCGCCUUCGACGACAUGGCGCUCCCCUACAUCUCGCGCCUGCUCAUGGAGGAGGGCACGGACGACCAAUUCUUCUUCCUCUACCCCGACCACCCCGCGCUCCUCAGGGCGCAGCUGCCCUUCGCCCAGAUCCUCGUCCACAGCGGCGGCAGCGCCUCCGCGCUCUCUCCGUCCUGCUCCUCCUCCGACGCCGCCGCCUCCCCCAGCCCCAGCAUCGCCUCGCCCUACGACGCGGUCCAGAUCUCCCUCCCGCCCUACGCCGACGCCACCAGUGCGUCGCCGCACCACCACGGAGUCCAAAACUCCUUCACUGGUAACUGCUUGUUGACCGGUGACCAGGACAUGCUCAAAUUGGCCUUCCUCAAGGGCAUGGAGGAGGCUCAAAAGUUCCUGCCGCCCAACAGCACCCUCCCGGUCAACAUCGGCUCCACCCUCGCCGCGACGACGAAGGAGGUGGCGGUGGUGGGUGGAGUGCCCGCAGGCGGUGGGCUGAAGAAAAAGAGGCACAAUCCGGAGCCGGAGGCGGGCAGAGCCACCAAGCUGAUCGCGCCGGACCAGGAGGAGGAGGAUGGCGCACGCGAGCUGUUCGACGAAAUGAUGUUCCAGGAGCAGGAGAUAUGCAUGAAGGGGGUUCAGCAGCCGCGCGUCCCCGUGGAAGCCAAGCCAGCGAGGACCAGCCGCAAGGGGACCGGGAAGAGGGGGCGGCCGAGGAAGGGCGUGGUUGGCAGCGAGAUGGUGGACCUGCACACGCUGCUGCUCAACUGCGCCGAGGCCGUGUCCGCCGACAACCGCUGGGGCGCGAGCGAGCUGCUCAAGAGGAUCAAGCACAACUCGUCCCCGCUCGGGGACGCGCCGCAGAGGCUGGCGCAUUAUUUCGCCGAGGGGCUGGAGGCACGGCUGGCGGGAAGGGGGAGCCAGCUGUACCAGUCGCUGAUGGUGAGGCGCACCUCGGUCGCCGACUUCCUCAAGGCCAACCAGCUUUACAUGGCGGCUUGCUGCUGCAAGAAGGUGGCGUUCAUCUUCGCCAACAAGACCAUCUGCAAUGCCGUGGCAGGGAGGAGACGGUUGCACAUUGUGGACUAUGGUCUCAAUCAAGGAUUCCAGUGGCCUGGCUUGCUGCGCGUGCUGGCGGCUAGAGAAGGUGGACCUCCGGAGGUGAGGAUCACCGGCAUUGAUCUCCCUCAACCUGGGUUUCGUGGAUCCUAUCACAUUGAGGAGGUGGGGCGCAGGCUCAGCAACUUUGCCCGUGUGUUCGGUGUGCCGUUUAAGUUUCAUGGUAUCGCAGCAAAGCUGGAGACUGUCAAGCCCGAGGACCUGAACAUCGACCGGGAUGAGGUGCUUGUGGUGAUUAGUCUUUGCCAUUUCAGGCUUCUGAUGGACGAAAACCUCGGCUUUGAUAGUCCGAGCCCCAGGGAUCAGGUUCUCGACAAUAUUAGGGAGAUGCGCCCAGAUGUAUUCAUCCAUGGGAUUUUGAAUGGCUCGUACGGUGCUACAUACUUCCUGACACGGUUCAGGGAGGCACUGUUCCACUAUUCUGCACAAUUUGACCUGCUGGAUGCGACCGUCCCUCGGGACAACAACGGACGUCUGCUGCUUGAGCGCGACAUCAUUGGCCGAUCUGCCUUGAACGUCAUCGCAUGUGAGGGUGCAGACCGGGUGGAGCGCCCUGAGACAUACAAGCAGUGGCAACUCCGGAACCGCCGGGCUGGGUUGAGGCAGCUUCCGUUGAACCCAGAGGUUGUUAAGCUUGUACUGGACAAGGUCAAGGACAGCUACCACAAAGACUUCGUUGUUGAUGGGGAUCAGCGGUGGUUGCUGCACAGGUGGAAGGGGCGUGUGCUCUAUGCCUGGUCAGCCUGGAUUGCAGACGAUGCCAGCUAGCUUCUUUCUCGAUCUAACUUUGAUUCUAGACUUCGAUUGAUCUAUCCAUGUUUAUACUUAGCUCAACGCCCAUGUUGUAGUAACUUCCACGGUGCCAUGAGGUAGUAAGUUACUUCUAUGGUGACCCAGAGCUUGAUGACGCAAGUUUUUAUUUCAAAACCACUUGAUAAUGCUCAUCAUGGAUCACGAAGCUUUAGGGGUGGAACUUUUGUAAGUUAGAAAUCUGCAGAAUGCAGUAAUGUCUAUGCGUUCAUGAGCUGGCACUGAAUUGGAUGCUUUGGCUAUUGUAUUGCUGCGGAUUUGUAACAAUGUUCCAAAAUACCUGUAGAAUUUAUGAGUUCAUGUUGUCAAAUUGUGUUGGCAUGUCCCUUUGGGCCUGUGUAGAGUAACCAGAUGUGUGUUGAAGCCGUAAAGUUGUACUGGCUAGUGGCUAGUCAGAGUUGAUGUGCACUCAUUCUUAUAAUUCUCUGCACGAACAAUUAAAGGUUAAUUUGCACUGA